AUGAACGACGACAACACGGACUUCAUGGCUGCGGCCAAUAUAACGCUAAAGUUCCGGCACGGCGACGGCAUCGACCGGAUCCCUACGACGUGGUUCGCCUCGGCGGACCCGAUCGACUCGUUCAUCUGGGCCCAUGUGGUGGUGAUGGUCACAGCCUUUGCGGUGGUCUUUCCCAUCGGCAUGGUCCUGGGCCUGGGGAGGUCGCGGUGGCACAUCCCCGUCCAGGUCUUGGGCUUGCUUCUGACUGUUGUCGGCUGGAUCCUGCCCUCGUUCCAUGGAGGGAGGCAAUAUCUGAAGCCCAACGUCCACGCCUCGUUCGCAAAGUGGCUCCUCUGCGCCGUCGUCGCGCAGGCAGCAAGCGGACUAUAUCUGAGCUUGCGGCUGGAAGGGCCCCGGCAUCAGACCUUCCGAAGAAUAUGCCAACGCUGGCACGGCGUCGCGGGGAAGUUGAUGCCCAUCGCGGGCUGGGCACAGAUGAUGCUGGGAGGAGAGACAUCGCAAGGUUUCUGCCACGGCGACUGGCUGCCCAUGUGUGCCGGACAUGUGUCGAUGGGAUCGAUCAUGAUCGGGACGGGGAUUGUCCUGGUCAUCAUCACCAUCGAUGGUGAGCGGUGGAUACGACGAACGGGGAGAUCGUUGGAUUUCUAUGCUUCCGCCAUGAUCACAGCUUCUGGGGCCGGUAACGCAUUAUUCGAACAUAUCCCCGGCUCCGAAUGGAACCACCGCGAGUACAGCCACGUCGCGUUCGGGGUGUUCUGGUGGCUCGCCGGCAUCGUGGGUCUGUGGCAGACGCGCCGCCACGAUCAGCGCACGACCAUCCCGGGCGUGGUCUUCCUGGUCACCGGGUGGUACUUCACCAUGCACGAACAGCCCAACCCCCUGGCGAAGCAUGUGCAUGAGAUCCUGGGCCGCGUCAUGAUGAGUGCCGGCGCGCUGCACUUUGUCGAGAUUGCCUAUGUCGCCACCACCACGUCGACCGCGAGCGAUCGAAGCAGCAGCGUCACGACGGUGGACUCGAGGCCUCAUAAGUCGCCGAAGCCCUCUGAAUUUGUCUUUUCGUUCUUAAUCAUUGUCAUGGGCGUCAUCAACCUCUACGCCCCUCCCCAGACCCUGUGGCUGUUCAACCUCUGGGGCCUGGAUUACAUAUCCCUCAUGCUGAUUUGGUUCUCGAUCGCGAUGGGCAUCAUGUGCUUUACGCUCAUGCUCGUCCAACUCUACCGGAGCCUCAAAUUCUCCGAACGGAUGCGAUCGAGGAGAAGACACGGUCACCAGGAUCGGGGAAGCAUCAUCGCGGAGGAAAAGGACGAGGACGAGGAGCAGACGGAGGUCUAUGGCCUGUUGGGUGAGGGGGAGGGGGAGGAUGAGGACGAGGAGACAGCUCACUCACGGUGA